AUGGGAAUGCUGUCACUACUACUACUGUUUCUUGCAUUCAUUGUUGCAAUCUCCGGUGGAUCAGAAGUCGGAGAUCUUCGCAAAAUUCACUCUCUCCGGCCACAGUUCGGUGCAGCCGGAACUCCUGUUCCUGGCUUAUCUUGCCUGAGUUGGCGACUCGGCGUCGAAGCUCACAAUAUCAUUGAAUGGAGAACGAUCCCACAGGUCUGCGAAGAUUACUUGGGGCAUUACAUGAUCGGUCACCAAUACAAGAAAGAUUCAGAAGCUGUUGCAAAAGAAGCUUUUGUCUAUGCACAGAGCCUCAAACUGGCUAAAGAUGGCAAGGAUAUAUGGGUUUUUGACAUUGAUGAGACUGCACUCUCUAAUCUGCCUUACUAUGCAGAUCAUGGAUUUGGGGCGGAGCCAUAUAAUCCUACUCUGUUCAAGGGAUGGGUGAAUACAGGCAAAGCACCACCAUUACCAGAGAGUCUAAAGCUAUACAAGAAGUUGCUGUCAAUAGGGUUAAAGGUUGUCUUCCUCACCGGAAGACCAGAAAAUCAGAGGAACAUUACAACUAUCAAUCUGAAGAAUGCAGGGUACCAUACUUGGGAGAAGCUCAUACUAAAAGGAGCAUCUGCUUCAGGCACAACUGCAGUUGUAUACAAAUCAAGUGAAAGGGAAAAGAUGGAGAGAAAUGGUUACAGAAUCAUAGGGAACAUCGGUGAUCAGUGGAGUGAUAUCCUAGGUACCUAUGUUGGCAACAGGACUUUUAAGCUACCUGAUCCAAUGUAUUACAUUAACUGA